UGCGUGCGCUGGUGCUGAAGUUACACAGUUACAGACUGCGAGGUGGUGGGAGCGUUUGCAAGGGGGAGGGAAGGGGGAUGCUCGGAUGAGACGGCGGCAGCAGCCCUGGCUGGGAGCUGGUCAGGCGGCGCGGCGCUGGGCCAGCCCGGGUAUCGCCGGCCGGGCAAACUUCGCUUCGCCCCCAACCUCGCCGCCGUGCCCUUCCAUGGCUUGCUCGCCGGGCUGGCCAGAGCACGGCGCUUCGCUUCCCAGGGGAUCUCAUUGCUAUUCAUGGAUAUCAGCGAUCCCGACUCGCUGCCAGUUAGACUGACAAUCUACUGUGCAGACCUUGGAGGUGGAGAAGAAGCGGUAUAAAGCAGUAGGAUUAGGGCACCGGCCGACUACAGCAUGGGUUUCAUGAAAUAUCUCCUUGCCCCGAGAUCUGUGUUGCUCCUGGUCCCCGCCGUGUUCCUGACGCUCCUCUCCGACGCAGAGAGAGUGUGCCCGAGGACAUGUAGGUGCGAUGGUAAAAUAGUCUACUGCGAGUCCCAGGCGCUGCAGGAAAUCCCCGGGAACAUCUCCUCGGGAUCUCUGGGCCUUUCCCUCAGGUAUAACAGCAUCAAAUCCCUCAAGCCCAACCAGUUCUCCGGCCUCAACCAGCUCACCUGGUUGUACCUCGACCACAACUAUGUCCACGCGGUGGACGAGAACGCGUUUCAAGGCAUCCGCCGGUUGAAAGAGUUAAUUCUCAGCUCCAACAAGAUCACUCGGUUGCCCAAUGGCACCUUCCACCCGGUGCCCAAUCUGCGUAACGUGGACCUCUCCUACAAUAAGAUGCACGUCUUGCAGUCGCUGCAGUUCAAGGGAUUGAGGAAGCUCCAGAGCCUGCAUCUGAGAUCCAACUCCUUGAAGGCCAUCCCGGUGAGGGCGUUCCAGGAUUGCCGCAACUUGGAGUUCUUGGACCUGGGUUACAACCGACUGCGUAGUCUGGCCCGCAAUGCCUUCGCCGGCCUCAUGAAGUUGACCGAGCUGCACCUGGAACACAACCAGUUCUCCAAAGUCAACCUGGCCCACUUCCCGCGUCUCUCCAGCCUGCGGACUCUGUACCUCCAGUGGAACCGCAUCAGGGUGUUCAGCCAGGGGAUGUCCUGGACCUGGAGCUCCCUGCAGAAGUUGGACCUGUCGGGCAACGAGAUCCAAGCCAUCGUGCCGGGCGUAUUCCAGUGCGUGCCCAACUUGCACAGCCUCCACCUCAACUCCAACAAGCUGACCACCAUCAGCCAGGAGAUCCUCAGCUCCUGGACCUCCCUGGCCACCAUCAGUCUCUCCUCCAACAUCUGGGAGUGCAACAGGAACAUCUGCUCGCUGGUCAACUGGCUGAAGAACUUCCAGGGCUACCGAGAGGGCGCCAUGAUCUGCGCGGGGCCCAAGCCUCUCCAGGGCUACAAUGUCAUGGAGGCUGUCGACCAUCACAAAAUCUGUGCGGGGGUGACCCCGGUUGCCACCCAGCGACCACAGGGCUCAAAGACCACCCAAAAGACCACCACCCCCAGGCCAACCGCGGUGGCCAGUCUCCCCGUCACUGCCCAGCCUUCCAACGAAUCCAUCGCCGAAUCGGACCAUGAGUUUGAGUACAUCUCGUUUCACAAAAUAAUCGCGGGCAGCGUGGCUCUCUUCCUGUCAGUCACCAUGAUCCUGCUGGUCAUCUACGUCUCCUGGAAGAGGUACCCGGCCAGCAUGAAGCAACUGCAACAGCGGUCCCUGAUGAAGCGGCGCCGGAAAAAGAAGAGGGAGUGCGAGCGGCAGGUCAACUCCCCCUUGCAGGAGUACUAUGUGGACUACAAGCCGACUAACUCUGAAACCGUGGACGUACUGGUGAAUGGCACGGCGGCUGGCACCUACACUAGACCCAGCCCGAGGGAGUGUGAGACUCCUCUUCCCAUGAACAUCACAGCCUUUUACAACUACGAGCAGCCGCUGGUUGGGUACUGCAAAGCACACCAGACUCUUCACAUACACAAGCGCUUCGAGGCGCCCCUGCAGGAAGAGGCACAGGCCAGCAGCGUCGAGCUGCCCACCAACCGCAAUGUCAUCAGCACAGUCGCUCGCUCCGCCAUCCCCAACAUACAUCUCGAACCCCCUCACACGCCAUAGGAGGGCACCCCAACCCCCCAGCGGCUCACUUUGUGUGCGGCCAGCUCCAGAUGGGAAGGAAGUCAAAAAACAGGAUAGCAACAAACAUUUGAAAGUUCUUUCCUGCGUUUAAAAAUUUAAAAAUAUUGACAUCCCCGAACAAUUGGUAGCCGUUGGAAACUCAACGGCCAAACUUCCGAAACUUGCCAUUCUUCUGAUUUUCUGUGCUUUGGUAUUUGACGAUGUAAAUAUAAGACUCUGCUUAUCAUGUUCUUAAGAAAAUAAAGUAAAAACUGUCAAGGAAUGGG